CAUACACUUUCAAAUUUAUUAAGAGAGCAAAAUCAAUUCAUUCAGACUCUUUUCAGUCGUCAAAGUCGAACUAAAUUACUAAAAUUACUGGAAAAUUACUCGUUGGGCAAAACUGUGCUCCCAACUGCCAAAAAGGAAGUAUCAUGUCCAAUCUAUACAAAGAUAUAAAGGCCGAAUGGAGCAAACGAGCCCCGAAUCUUCUGCGCUGUGGUCAACUUUUGGGCAUUUUCAAGAUGGAGAUUCUUGGAGGAUUCUUGAUGCCCCAUGAGGUGUCAAAGUCCAACCCCCAGCAGAAGGAUCAACUGGUGAGGUCCCGCGAUGUGCUGGAGAUCGCAGUGGAGCACAGCAUCACCGUCAAGGACUACGCCGCCUUUGAGCGGUACAUGGCCCAGCUGAAAAUGUAUUACUACGACUACGACAAGUUCCUGGAACCCUCACAGGAGAUGCACAAGAUGAUUGGUCUGAGCCUGCUCUAUAUGCUGGCCACAAAUCGCAUCGCCGACUUCCACAUCGCACUCGAGCGACUGCCGUCGGCCCUGCUGCUCCAGGAUCGCUUCAUCAUGCCCGUGCUGGCCCUCGAGAACUACUUCAUGGAGGGACGCUACAACAAAAUACUGGAGGCCAAGAAGUCCAUGCCCUCGGAGAUCUAUGGCAACUUCAUGGACAUGCUGGUGCACACGGCCCGCGAGGAGAUUGCCUCCUGCAUCGAGAAGUCCUACCUGAAGAUGACCCCCAAGCAGGCGGCCCAGCGUCUGGGCCUUCGUGCAGGCGGAAAGGAGCUUCUGGAGUUGGUCGAACGCCGCCACUGGACCCUGGAUGCUCAGGGGAACUACGAUUAUGCCGCACUAAACAUCAAGCCCAAGGAUGAGGUUCCGGCCAACGAUAUAGCUACACAUAAUUUAUCCUAUGCCACUGAGCUAGAGAAAAUUGUUUGAUUGUUUCAUUAUUAGCUGUAAUAAAAUGAAUUUAUUAACAUAUUUUCCAUGUUAA